AUGGAUUAUAAUAAAGUUUCAAAUAUUUUUAAUAAUUUAUUAAUUAAAAAUUUAAAUAAUAAUUAUAGUUUUAAUAAUAAUAUAAAUAAUAUAAAUAAUUUAAAAGAUAAAAUUGAAUUAACAGAAGAAUUAAUAUGUGAUUUUAAAGUAAUUAAUAUUCAAGAGAUUUUAAAAAUUAAUAAAGAUCUAUUAAAAGAAAAAGUUAAAAGAAAUCAAUUAUUAGAUUUUAAAGUAAAUAAUGAAGAAAGUAUUGAUAAUUGUGGUUUUGGUGUUGGUGGUAGGGUGAAUAAUUAUUUUGAAUUAAUUUUUAAUAAUUUUAAAGAUGAAAUAAUGGAUAUUGAAUUUUAUAAAAAUUUAUUUAAAAAUUAUUCAAAAUAUUUUUUACCAUCAAUUUUUUACACUGCAAAUUAUUUAUUAAGAUGUGAUUGUGUUGUUGGGUUAAAUGUUUUAAUUGAACAUUUUUUAUUUAAAAUACCAAUUAAUUUAUAUCCAAAAUCAAUUGAAUUUGGUUCAAUUAAUAUUUCAAAUUAUUUAGUAAAGGAAUAUAAAUGUAAAUUAACCUUGGAGGAACAAAAUAAUAUUUGGUCACUUUUAUUAAAUAAACCAUAUAAAAAUGAAAUAAUUUUAAAAAAUUUAAAUAAAUCAUUUCAUUAUUUAGCAAGUAUAAAUACAAUUUUACCAACAAUACCAAUAAAAUUUGUAAUUGAUUUCCCAAUUAAAUCAAAAUGUUUAGAUUUUAUUAUUGAUACUUGUUUUUCAAUUUCAUAUAUAAUCAAUUCAUUAAAAUCAUUACAAUUUUCAUAUACUUCAAAAGAUUCCACUGAAAAUCAAAUUAAAUUAUUAUCAAUAAUUGAAAUUGAACAAAUUAGAAAUAAAUUUUCAAGUGUAGAAUUGGAAACACUUGUUGAAGAUUUAGAUAAUAGUAAAUAUUCAAUUAAAUUAUUAGUUAAAAUGGCAUGUUAUUUUACAAGUUCAACGUAUAGAGAUGAAAAUUUUACAUUUUAUAAUUUAAAAUUUGAAAAUAAAUUUGAUAUUCAAAAUUAUACAGAACAUCAAUUAAUAGAAAGUUCAAUACUUUCAUGUAAUUAUGGUAUCUUAUCAAAACUUUAUGAAUUUCAUUUAAAUGAAAAUGAAAAUGAUAAAAAUUCAAUAUUUUUAAAUAUACCAAAUGAAUAUAUUACAAAUGAUCCAAAACAAAUAUUUAGAUAUAGUUUACCAUUAUCAAAUGAUUUAAAAAGACAAAAAAUGUUUAUUGAAUGUUCAAUAAAUGAUUAUUGUAAUAAUAAAUUAAAUAACAAUAGAAAAUUCCCAAUUAAUCAUUUAAUUAAAAUAAUUUUAUUAUUUAAUAAUCCAACAUUAGUUCAAUAUAUGUUGGAUUUAAUUAUAAAAUUUAAACCGAUAAUACCAAAAAUUAAAAAUAAAACUAUAAUUUCAUGGAUACAAUCAACCCAGGUUUUUGAUUUAUUAUUUCAACAAAAACAAGAACCAUUAAUAAUUAAAGAUUUCAAAUUUAAACAUUUAUUAUUACCAAGAAAAGAUAUGAAUUUAAUUGAUUCAAAUCAACAUGUUUUUAAUAAAAAUAAAAUUAAAGAUCAAGAAUUUUUAGAAAAAUUAAAAAAAGAUAAAACGUUAAAUAUUUUAUUAAAUCAUUAUAAAGAGAAUUAUAAUCAAGACUAUAAGAAUGGAGUUUUAAAUUUAAAAGUUUCACCAUUUAUGUUUGGUAGUUCAUUUAUUUUCGAUAAUAAUAAUAAUGAUAAUUUCAAUGAUUUUAAAUCAUUAUUAAUUGAAUAUGAAUUUUGGAGAAAACAUUUACUUGGUGAACAUGAUUAUAAAGGUAAAAUUAUUAAAGAUGGUCCAAGAUUAUUAUCAACUUCACAAUUUAUUAAAAUCUUAUCAAUAACACCAGAGAAUCAAAAUUACACUUGUUUAGAUUCAAUUGAAACUUUAGAUUGGUUAAUUAAAAAUAAACCAGAUGAUUUAAAUAAUCAAAGAUGUAUUACAAAUCAGUUAUUACUAUUCACUCAUUCAUAUCAUAGUGGUACUUUAAAAGAAACCAAAAUUGAAUUUGAAAGAUACCAUGGAAAUUAUUUUUUAAAUUUUAUUCUUGCAAGUGGUUUAUUAGAAUCUAUUAUCAAAAAUGCAGAUAUAGAAUCACUGAAUAUUAUAAUCGAUAUUUUUAAUGAAGUAAAAUCACCAACAUCAAUAAAAUCGCCAAUAUCAAUAUCACUAUCAGUUACAAAUUUAGAAAAUGGUGAAAAAACUCAUUAUUAUGAAAAUGAACAAAAUAAUCAACUAAAACAAAUAAUUAAAGAUAUAAAAUUACAAAUUUUUAAAUUCAUUGGUUCAUCAAAUCGUGCUGAUAUUUUAGAAUAUUUAAUUACUUGUCAUUCAAAUUUAUUUUCACCAAUUUCAAACUACCAAUCUCUAUAUCAAACUGGUUUCGAUAAUUCAUUUACUUCAAUUUGGUGUAAUAUUGAAGUAUCUGAAUAUAUUUUAAAUACUUUAAAAUAUAAUUGUUUUAGUUUGUCUGACCCCUCAAAUAUUGAAAGACUUUUUAAAAAAUCAAAAAAUAAUAAUUCACCUCCUUUUACUCACAUGUAUGAAAAAUUUAAUUCAAAAAUUAAUUUUAAAAUAAUAUAA